GUGAUAGUGAUAAUAAUUAUCUAUAUAAACACUUCUGUAUUGUGUAACUAUUCAGUCUUGAAUAGUUCAUUUGAUAUUGUGUUAGUGUAUUUUCGUCGAAAAAUGGAAGGCGAGCGAAUAAAAGACCUAAAUAAUUUAUUGAAACCAGUUUUUGGAGAAAAUGUUGAAAUUUUAGACAAGACAAUAACAAAUCUCACUCUCCCAGGUGAGAAUUACUGGAGUGAUAUGCUCAAAUUGCAAGUAACGACUAGAAAUAAGAUCACUAAGGCUACAAAUACCGAAUAUUUCGUCGCGAAAUGUUGUGUGAUCGAUGAAAAGUUGCCAAAAGGUAUUGCUGGGGAUAUAUGCCGAGUGUUUAAACCAGAAAUUGCCUUUUAUAAGGAAAUUAUACCGACAAUGCAGAAGUUUUUAAAAGAACACGGAUUGAAGGAAGUGGAGAUUUUUCCAAAAUUGAUUGCUGCCAGAUAUAAUCUUGACGGUAAAGAAGAACCCGACGAGAACACUGUUAUCAUUUUUGAAAAUCUUCAAGCUGCAGGAUAUUGCAAUGGAGACAGGCACAAGGGAUUUGACUUAGAUGGUGCCAAAUUACUGCUGACUGAUCUUGCUGUCUUCCACGCCAUUCCUUUAGCAAUCAAACUGAAAGACCCGGAUUUAUUUAAAAAGACAUUUAUCGACAAUAUUUGCCUACCAAAAUUUGCAGAAAACUCCAAAGAUAAAGAACCUGGUGAUGAUCAUGGUCCACCACAGCUGCCAAGAACCAUACUGAAACAAAUUCUCACAGAAGACAGUUUUUGCAGCCAGCAUGUAGAUAAAUUGGAUGGUUUAAUGAGUAUUGAGGAAGAAAAUUUUAAAACUGGAGACGCGUUUAAGCCAAAGCCUGACAAGUCGGCAUUUUCUGGAUUUGUACAUAAGGAUAUGUGGUUAAACAAUACCAUGCAGAUGAAGAAUAAAGAUGGAAAGAUAAUAAAAAAUAAAUUUCUGGACUUUCAAAUGUACUCUGUAAAAGAGAUCACUACAGAUCUAUUUUUCUUUCUUAUUAGUAGUGUAGAUAUAGAGGUAUUAGAAAAACAUUUUGAUACUCUUCUAAUGAUAUACCAUGAUAAUUUGAUUACAACUUUGAAAGCUUUCAACUGCGACGUAACUCCAUUCAAAUACGCAGAUUUUAUAAAUAACCUAAAGCAAAACGCCCCUUCAGAGUUUUUCCAUAUACUUAUAAUGAACACCCUAGUAAUAUUUGCCAAAAAAGGACAAAAAACUAACUUUGACGAGAUCAAAAAUUUAACAAUGGAUGAUAUACAUCCUAUUGCUAGAAAAAAAUUUAUAUUUUUAUUUAAACUCUUGAUUGAAAAAGAAUGGUAUUCGUAAGAUAGAUAUUUUAUAUUUUUUCAAUAAAUCUUUAUGUUAUCUA